GGACGCGAGGCGGUUACUAGGCAGCGCUUCCUGGACACGGCGGCGUCUGUGUACAAUCAGGGCAUGGCCGCUCGAGCAAAAACUAACCGCAAUAUGUUUGAGACUUUUUAAUGGAACAAGUCACUCUUACUGCAAAAUGCAAGUGGGACAGAACAGAUGGUUUGGAUUCAAACUUAAUAUAGCUGACCUUAAAUGAAGUUUAUUUGAAUGUCAAAGCUCUGAUCAUUUGGAUGAAUUGAAGAAAAUGGCCUCCACGGAAAAUCUUCGUCAGAAGAUAAAAAGUAAGCGAAAGGCAUUGCAAGCAUCUCUAACUGGGAGCAGUGAAGUCAGUGAUACUCAGGGAUUGGUUUCUGCAGAAAUGGAAAACGGUACAAGAAAUGAAAAUGCUACUUUUAUUGAGGAUAUUCAGAAUGAGGAUGAACAAGCGGAGAACCUCAAACAGACCAUGAGAGCUCAAAGGCGACGAAGAAAAGCCCCCCUUGUGGAUGAUGUUAUUGAUUUUAAUCAUGAAGAAUCCCCGCAGGACAUCACCAAAAUCACUCGUCGUCAGAGAUCUCUUCCUCCUCUUGGUGAGUGUACCCCAAGUACUAGUUUUGCUGAAUACUCCAUGCGAGAGAAAAUGAGGGAAAAACUGAAAGCAGCCAGGUCUAAGGCUCAAAGCGCCCUUCAGCAAGAGGAAGAGAGUGCCUCUCGGUAUCCAACAGACCUCAGAGACCAAUCAUCAAUCACUCAAUUUGAUACUGAGGUUGAUGAAGAAUAUGCGAAGAGACCAAGAGAUGCUGAAUCACCGAUUCCUCCUCCAAGGGUUAGGUUUCGUGAGAUAGCAAGUAGAUUGAAGCCAAAACCAAAGGAAGGGUUCCCAUCCACUGAGGAGGCAUACAACUUCUUCACCUUCAAUUUUGAUCCUGAACCUGAAGAUUCAAACGAAGGGUCAGAAGUGAGGAGUCACCCGCAAACACUUCAUGACGUUGAUCAGGGUGAAGAAGCGGCAGAGGAGGGUGGUGAAGAGUCCGCAGUCAGCAAAGAUGAGGAAAAGGAGGAAGAAGGAAAGGAAGAGGAUGAGCGGCUUGUGAAUGAUGAUGAGGAGGAUGAGGAUGACUAUCUCUUUAUAAUUGAUCAGACAGCUCGUGAUUUUCUCAUAGUGAAAGCUCCUGAUUAUGAAGGCUACAACAAUCGACAGCAGAGAGAUAGAAAAGCCCUUUUUAUCCCCAGUAUUCUGUCAGUAUCUACAUCAGAAAAGGUUCCUGAAGACAUGCAACCAAGGUUUCUUGAAGAUGAAGGCAUAUAUGUUGGAGAAAAACCAAAAGUUUCCAAAUCCAACCAAAACAUUAUUGAGAAUCGACUACUUAAAAAUGAAGAGGGAAAAAGAUGGUUUGGAAGCGAUGGCAGAGUUAUAGCCUUGGCUAACCCAAUUAAACAGACCAAAACCAGACCACCUAUUUUUUCACCCCAUGAUGAAGUGGAUCCUGCAAUAGAAACUUUAUAUAGAAAGGCCGAGAGGUCAAGGUACAAUAGUCAAUAUAUCGCUGGUUCAGGUGAGCCACAGGGACACUUUCAACUGGACGUCGAUGUUGCUGGUAUUGUUUUCAGCCACCACCCAAUGUUCAGUCGUGAACAUGUAUUAGCAGCCAAACUGGCUCAACUGUAUGAUCAGUAUCAACUUCGACAACCGAAGAACCUUGCCAACCUUUACACUGACAAGUUGUGUGCACUAAGGAAGGCGGUGAACAAUAUUGCAGAAGGCCGAGGUGUGCAGAAUCCAAUGGCACUGCACAGACUUGUGGAAUAUAAAUCAGAGAUCCGAGCAACCCGAAGAAUGUGUCACCUGGAACAAGAGAAAGAUCGGACCCUGCUGAAGAAUAUUAUUAAAGUAUGGAAAGAUAUCAAGUCACUUAGAGAGUUCCAGAAAUUCACUAACACACCAGUGAAACUACAUCUUAGAAGGCAGGAGGCCAACAGAAAAGCCGACGAAUUAAGUUAUGAACAUGAAAUCCAGGCUGAGAUUGCAGAACUACUGGAAGACUAUCAAGAAGUCUACGAUAGUAAGCUGGAGGAAUAUAAAAUAAAGUAUGAGGAAUGGAAAUCCUGGAGAAAGGCAAGAAAAGCAAAGAAGAAACAGAAAAGAGCUGCGGGCGAGCAGCAGGAUGACGACACGGAUGAGAGUUUGACGGCUGAAGAACUUCCGAAGCCUGAUCCUCCCGAGCCAGUUGAUCCUUCGGUCGUAGAGGAGCAAGUCCGGGAGACAGCUGCCAGAAUCUAUCGGAAGCCCGGAGAACCCUUGCUGUAUCCUGAACUGAACAUGACAGCUACAGUAACCCCCACCAACCAGUGCCCAAGAGGAGAGCAACUGCGAAGACAGGAUGUACAGCGAUGCACUCUAUUUGCUAAAGUUCUCUUUAAUAACAAGGAAGUUUCCAGGACAAGUAGCCGAACAUUGGGUGUUGAUUUUAGGAUUCAUUUUGGGCAAAUCUUCAACAUGCAGAUAGUCAACUGGCCAGAAAGUAUAAAAAUUCAGAUAUUUCAAACCAUAGGGACAAGCACCACAAAGAUAGAAGUAUUUGUUCCCAUCCCAGAAACCAGUAUCCUCACAGGGAGUGCUCCAAUAGAUGAAAUGGAGUUUAGUAGUGAUCAGCGUGUGAAGUUUGACCAUGAAGGUGUUGGCAGCGGAGUGGCAUUUUCCUUUGAAGCAGAUGGAAGCAAUCAGCUGAUCCUGUUGACUUCAGGCAAGCUAGCGUGCAGUGUGUCCUGGGCAGUGGAUGAGAACGGUGUGCCAUUGGUGCCUCCUGUGCUUCAUCAGAACUAUGGGAUUCAAAGCACUCUGAAACAUCUGGAUGCCAUAUCAUCUAUUGGCGCAACUGGAUUAACAGACACAAAAAAACUGGCUAAGUGGGCAGCAGAGUCGAGGCUUGAUCCAAAUGAUCCCAGCAAUGCAGCUUUGAUGCAACUGAUAAUGUCUGCAACAAAUGGUGAGGAACCAAACAAAGAUUACUUCCGGCUUGAUCACCUACAAGAAGAAUUUAACUUUUUAUCCGAAGAGGCUUUGAACAAAUCCAAGCGAUUUCGACUCUUACAACUCCGAAAUGACGGAGUGACAGAGUUCCUUAAUUACAAACAAAUUCCCAUUAAGGAUUCAGAGAUUUCUGAGAAGAUUUUCCAGGAAUACAAGAAUAAACAAUGUGACAGAGAGACAUUAGAUCUGACAAGCCACCUCGAUGUUCAUCGAGCAAAAGUGGCGAAAUACCUGCAAAAGGUUCGGGACUCUGUAACAAGCAGGUUUCUGCUGGCAAAGCAUCAUUAUACCUUACCAGAUAUGGUUAUUGAAGAGGCAGUCCCCAGCAUAAGUAUGUUAGGUGUCAAUCUGUUCAGACUGGCGGAACCGAGGAGGCCACUUAGACCACGAAGAAAAGAGAGGAAGAAGGUCACGGCCCAAAACCUUUCUGAUGGAGAUAUUAAACUUCUGGUGAACAUUAUUCGAGCCUAUGACAUACCAAUACGUAAAUCCAUGGGAAGACCAGCACUAACUUCCAGAUCUGCAAGAUCUGUUAGUGAAACAUUUCCAACCUCUCAGCCACCCCAGAUAUCAGCUCAAAGCCCGGAGUGGUUUACUGACCAGGUUUCAGUGCAUCCUUUUGUGGAGGUUUCAUUUCAACGUAUAGUCCGUCAAACUGCUACUCUAGAUGGCCCAAACCCUAACUGGAAUGAAGAACUGGAACUCCCAUUCAGAGCACCUAAUGGGGAUUAUAGUACUUCCAGUCUGCAGUCCGUUACAGAUGAAGUUUUCAUCAAUGUUUUUGAUGAAGUUGUUUAUGAUGUUCUAGAGGAUGAUAGAGAGCGUGGAAGUGGCGUUCAUACCCGCACUGAGAAACACUGGUUGGGUUUUGUGCAUAUCCCAUUUACUACCAUCUACUCCCAGUCCCGGAUUGAUGGAACCUUCAGAAUUAAUAUACCCCCAGUCCUCCUUGGAUACAGCAAAGAACGCAAUCUAGCCAGUGAAAGAGGAUGGGAGGCAGUUCGGAGCCUAAGUGAUGGUUCUUAUCUGUCUCUCUUCAUUACUGUUGAACCUCAUCUUGUACCUGGAGAACCUGUAAUUGAAAAGUUUGAAUCUCAGGAGGAUGAGAAACUACUGCAAAGAGCUGACAAGUUCCAGAAGGAAGUCGCCCAAAAGUUUCGUAAUCGUCGAUGUGUUACAACAGUCACUGAUCUCACUGGCAAAAUGGUUUUUGUUACAAGAUACAUUAAACCACUUUUUCCACCCCAGGAGCUGCUGGAUGUGCUACCUAAUAGUUCUGAGGCCACGAUGGAACUGCUGGCCCGUUAUGUCUCUCUGAUUCCCUUUCUACCAGACAGUGUAACCUUUGCUGGAAUCUGUGACUUAUGGUGCACUUCAGAUCAAUUCCUGAACUUACUUGCUGGUGAUGAGGAGGAACAUGCAGUUCUGCUCUGCAACUAUUUCCUAGCGCUGGGAAAGAAAGCUUGGCUGGUGAUAGGGACUGCCAUUCCUGAGGGUCCAACAGCAUAUGUGCUGAGCUAUGAUCACAACCAGUAUGUGAUCUGGAACUCUACUACCGGACAGUACUAUGGACAAUUUGAUGCAUUCUGUUCCUUGCAAAGUGUCAGCUGCUUGGUUAGUGCUGAAAACGUCUGGUUCAAUGUGCAGAAAUAUGAAACUGUUAUGAGAAUUAAUUUUGAUACCAGCAAGUCAAACUUGUGGAAGCCAUUUUUUUCACGUAGCUUUCCAUUUCCAGGCUUAUCAAGUGUUCAGCCGGAUGAGCUGGUUUACCAACACACCGACAAGGCUGCUGCAGUAGAACUUCAGGAUAAGAUUGAAAAGAUCUUGAAAGAGAAGAUAAUGGAAUGGAGACCAAGACAUCCCACCCGCUGGAACAGAUACUGCACGUCAACUCUACGGCAAUUCCUGCCUAAACUUGAGCUGAGCCAAGGUCGAGAGGGUGGAGAUGACCAUUGUGCAGAGCUGCAGAGUCUGUUGGGCGAUUAUAGGAUUUCUGGGUUUCCUAUUCACAUGUCUUUCUCGGAAUUGAAGCCAGUCAUUGAAGCUGUACACAGCACUGGUGUCCAUAACACAGAGACCCCUCUGGCAGAGUUUGCUUUGGCUGUGUACAUUCACCCAUAUCCUAACAAUGUUUUAUCUGUAUGGAUUUAUGUGGCAUCCUUGGUCCGCAACAGAUGACAUACUCAAUGAACUACAAUCCCUGCCAUCUUGAUGUCAGCAGGAAAAGAAUGCUUGUUCUUGGUGUCUUUGCCUUAUUGAAACUGACAGUACUUUCGGAUUUGAGUUCACUAUAUUGCCGAUGAGAUAGGGAAAACCAUACUUACCAUUGUUUUAUCAUGUUCAAUUUUAUUUCAAAGUUCUAUAACUAGUUUUAUACUGCAUAUUUCUUGCACCUUUAUGUAAAAUGUGACUGCAUAAAACCUUGCAAGUCAUUCCUCAUAACGCAAACAAUCCUGAUUUCUUCCCCCAUCUUGCAUUAUAGUGAACUUGUCAAAUUUGACAGGUUUAAUUUUAAAUCUAAUUGAAAACUUAGAUCUG